CAUCGCGGCCGCGCGGGCACAGUCGCCCCAGCCGAGCGCGGACCGUGCGCCGCCUUUGUCCGCCGGUGGCAGCUGGUCUCGCGGUCGCCGCCCGCGAUGGCCCCGCAGCAAGGCCGGCCGGCGCUGCCCGCCCGCUGCGAGCCGCCCGCGGCGCCGCCGGUACCGCCUCGCCGGGAGCGCGGGGGGCGCGGGGCGCGCGGGCCCGGGGGGUCGGGGGGUCGGGGGCGCGCGGGCGGCGCCGAGGGACGCGGCGUCAAGUGCGUGCUGGUCGGCGACGGCGCGGUGGGCAAGACCAGCCUGGUGGUCAGCUAUACCACCAACGGCUACCCCACCGAGUACAUCCCCACGGCCUUCGACAACUUCUCGGCUGUGGUGUCAGUAGACGGGCAGCCUGUGAGACUCCAGCUCUGUGACACUGCAGGACAGGACGAGUUUGACAAGCUGAGGCCCCUCUGCUACACCAACACAGACAUCUUCCUGCUGUGCUUCAGCGUGGUGAGCCCCACAUCCUUCCAGAAUGUGGGCGAGAAGUGGGUUCCGGAGAUUCGACGUCACUGCCCGAAGGCCCCCAUCAUCCUGGUCGGGACACAGUCGGACCUCAGGGAAGACGUCAAAGUGCUCAUCGAACUGGACAAGUGUAAAGAGAAGCCGGUGCCGGAAGAGGCUGCGAAGCUGUGCGCCGAGGAGGUCAAGGCUGUCUCCUACAUCGAGUGCUCAGCUUUGACUCAGAAAAACCUCAAAGAGGUUUUUGAUGCUGCCAUUGUUGCUGGUAUCCAGCACUCAGACUCCCAGCUACAGCCAAAGAAGUCUAAAAGCAGGACCCCUGAUAAGGUGCGGGACCUGUCCAAGUCUUGGUGGCGGAAGUAUUGCUGUCUGGCCUGACUCUCACAAACAGCUGGCGUAACAACUCUUUACAACGUGGCUGUGGUCAUAGGGUGAGCCCUCAAGGCAUCCCCUUCUGCCCUUCUUCCUGUGUGUGUGAGCUUAGGGCUAAGAUCCAUAUGCAAAAUACAUUUAAAAAAAAAUCGAAAGUUAAGAUUCUCCCCCCACCCCAGUAAGUCUAGAAGUCUAGAAACUUAGAGCUGUAGACCUCCGGAUUAAUUUAUAUUUCAUAUGAAAAGGGCUCUUUAAGGCUGGGCGUCAGCAUGAAGUUCUGCUGCUUUGUACAGGACAAAGGAGAACUGGACCUUCUCCUGAUUAAGGGCUACUGAGUGCUCAGAGCAGAACGCAUGCGCACCAGACUUGGCGAGAAUAAACGUGAGCUUCGAAACCACGCAAACCAUCCUCGGUUUUGUAAGAGCAAAAAUCUGAAAACAGCGAGGGGCUUCUGCUUACAAAACCUUGUGCCCAUCCCUUCUGUUUACGGAUUCACUUAGGAUUUUCGAACAACCAAAACAUCCCACAGCCUACUGGCAUUGUGUUGACAGAACAGUACACUUGCUUGUUGCAGGUUUGUCUGUUUGUUUGUUUUUAAUCACAUGACCAGUUAUGUUGCUAUGAAAAUGGUGGAGAUGCCUCUUGUGCUGGGUGCACAUCUGACAUUUUCUUCAGGGAGUGACUCAUGUUCAGAUCAGAGAGUGCUCCUUGCUUUCAGGACUGGCUUGUGCAUCUGUGUCCUGCCGGUGAAAGCAAGGGGAGGGCUUGUUUGGGGGCUUUCAGCUGCUGUGCUCACAUCAUCCCAUUUGCAAGGAAUUGGGCCACUUUGAGAGGCCAUAGUCAAUGAUUGUGGGACACACACACUUUUUUCUCAAGUCCACCAAAAUGUCUGCCUGUACACAAACACACACACACACACACACACACACACUGCACACACUGGCUGGUUUGCUAAUGAAACCCUGAGACACAUAAGCAUGGUUGCAGGGAUCAGGGCACCACACCUUCCUCUUCUUGACAUUUCUUUGACCAGACAUCAUUUUGUAGGAUCUUAAUUUAUACAUUUUUUUCAGGUCAUCUUAAAAUGUGGGAUGAACAUGUUUUGAACCCCAGUGCCUUCAGGGUCCUGUGACUAGGGAGGCACUGUAUUAGGGGCAGGUAUGUGCAAGGCCUUACCCACCAGCGGCUUCGCUGGGAGUCAUGCUGGUGGCACCUGUCCUUUUAGGCGAAGGUCUUAUGACCGACUGUUCUGAGACAGCCCUGUGUCAGGAAAGCUCUUUCACAGGGUUGUGGGUACGUCCAAGACGCUGUAGGAACCAGACAAUGAAUCACAACUGUCGGUUUGCUGUGGGCAAGGAACCUCUUUAUGGCCACCUGGUAACAAAAUUUUCUGUCUGUGAAUUUUUUCUUACUAUUAAAAAAAAAAUCAAUCUUAUGUUUUUCUGUAGGAAAAAAAAAAGUAAAUGAACAGACUGUACUUCAGGUCAAAGAAUUCUUCCUGCUGGUAAAUAGGACUGAAGACUUUCUUGCAUAACUAGAAGGCUAAUCGCUGAACCACUAGAGUAUAUGAACUGUUUGUGAAUGAUAGUAGCCAUAUUCUCCUGAGGUGUUUCCUUGUGGCCCGAGUGGUAACAUUGUUUCACUUUAUGGAAAUGUUUGUAACUGACCUAGUGACUGAGCUUAUCCUAUUGUACACAGCUGUCUAGAAAGCCAGCCUACAAGUGGGGCUUUGCCUGCCCUGUGUACAGAGGGUGGGUGGGGAAGAGUGAGUUAUUUAAUUUUAAAUGUUAUAAUAAAGCCAGUGUAGUUGAGACCAAGGAAAUGAGAACACAAACUCGAUGUCUGGUGCCAGGACUGUUGGACCUCACACCCUGCCUCUGGGUCACCGGGAAGUGACAUAAAGGACACUGUGUGAUCCAGUUCUGGACACUCUUCUGGGAUGCGUAUCCCUGGACUGUGUGUGCCGCACAUCUAGUGGGUGGACGCUGACCUGCGAGUUCUCAGUGCUCCUGCAUCCUAUGGAGUCAGAAGGUCUGACUGUACUUGAGGUUUUCCUGCAUUUCUGCUUUUUGAAAAUAGAGGUUUGGGCUGAGAGAUCUAAAAGCGUGUGCCUGAGUGGGAGGCCAAGUUGGUUCUCUUCAAAGCUGAAAAACGGCUGGAAUGUUCAACUUGGUGUCUGGGGAGGAUUUUGUGAGCUUUGUGGAGAGGUGCCUCUUCAGCCUGAUUCUGUCGGUGUAGGCUGACUUACCUGAAAAAACCACACCCUGUAGCAGGCUCCAAAAUCGCCAUCUCAAGCAGGUGUGCAAGCGAACUUUCAAUAACUGUUUUCUGCUCGACAGACAUGUGAGCAGCUACCCAGAAGUCUCAAGCCAAAAGGGGAGCCUUGCUCCUCUGCAGGUGCCUUACCAACGUGUGCUCUUCUCUUUUCCCAUGUCAAAGAUUUUGGACAGGAUCUUGUACUUGAAAAAUGCUAUAAAUGAGUUGCUAAGAAAUAAAUUCUGACCUGUGGA